AUGGCACAGUUCCAGAUCCUCUCAGAUCUGCACCUCGAGAAUCCCCAAGCAUAUGACCAAUUCGAGAUCACACCAACCGCGCCGUACCUGGCGCUGCUGGGCGACAUCGGCAACGUCCAAGACGACGGCUACCUCCGCUUCCUCGAAGCGCAGCUCCUCAAGUUCCAGAUCGUCUUCCUGGUCCUGGGCAACCACGAGCCCUUCGAAGCCAGUUGGCCGGCCACGCGCGAACGGCUGGAGCGAUUCUCCGACAAGAUCAACAACCACAACCACAACCACAACCACAACCACAACCACAACCACAACCACAACCACAACCACAACCAGCGCCGCAAGACCUCCACAUCAACCGAGCAGCAGCUGGGGGAAUUCGUCCUCCUCGACCGCACGCGGUACCAUCUGUCGCCCGAGGUGACCAUCCUGGGCUGUACGUUCCACUCGCGCGUGAGCGACGCCCAGGAAGAUCACGUCAGCGAGGCCCUGAACGACUUCCACCACAUCCGCGACUGGACGGUCGAGCAGCAUCGCGCGGCCCACGAGGCCGAGCGCGCCUGGCUCAACGACCAGGUCACCGACAUCGCACGGGCCGACCCUCACCACAAGAUCGUCAUCUUCAGCCAUCACAGCCCGACCGUCGCCGCGGUCGCCGUCGACCCGCGUUACGCCCACAGCCCGAUCACCACGGCGUUCGCGACGGACCUCGUCGGGGACCCGUGCUGGGAGCGACCGCAGGUGCGGCUGUGGGCGUUCGGCCACACGCACUACAACUGCGACUUUACGGAUGAUCGGUCCGGGAAGCGCAUCGUCGCGAACCAGCGAGGGUACGCGUUUGCGCAGUCGGUGGCUUUUAAUCCGACCAAGGUUAUCUCGCGAGUAUUGCGGCCUUUGUCCCGCACGGCUGCGUCCGCCCGCUUCGCCGCCACAAGACAGUCGGUGCGCACCAGAAUCGUUCCUAGCAGCACGCAAGCAUUCUCGACGACGUCCCGGCGGCGGGACGUGGACCUCUCGGGGUUGACGCCGACGCCGAUCACGUACCUCUCGGAGACGGAGACGCUGAUGGCGGAGACGGUGUCGAAGUUCGCGGGGGAGCAGAUCAGCCCGAAGGUGCGGGCGAUGGACGAGGCGGAGACGAUGGACGCGGGGGUGGUGGAGCAGCUGUUCGAGCAGGGGCUGAUGGGGAUCGAGGUGCCGGAGGAGUACGGCGGGGCGGGGAUGAACUUCACGGCGGCGAUCGUGGCGAUCGAGGAGCUGGCGCGGGUCGACCCCAGCGUCAGCGUGCUGGUGGACGUGCACAACACGCUGGUCAACACGGCGAUCCUGAAGUACGGCGACGCCCAGGCCCGGCGCACCUGGCUGCCGCGCCUGGCCACCGGCACCGUGGGCUCGUUCUGUCUGUCCGAGCCGGCCUCGGGCUCCGACGCCUUCGCCCUGCAGACCAAGGCCGAGCGCACCGCCGACGGCUACCGGCUCAAUGGCUCCAAGAUGUGGAUCACCAACGCCAUGGAAUCUGGCAUCUUCAUUGUCUUCGCCAACCUCGACCCCAGCCAGGGCUACAAGGGUAUCACUGCCUUCGUCGUCGAGAAGGAUACCCCUGGCUUCUCCAUCGCGAAGAAGGAGAAAAAGCUCGGCAUCCGCGCCAGUAGUACCUGCGUGCUCAACUUCGAUGACCUCGUCAUCCCCAAGAGUAACCUGCUCGGUGAGGAGGGCCAGGGCUACAAGUACGCCAUCAGCGUGCUGAACGAGGGUCGCAUCGGCAUUGCGGCUCAGAUGACCGGUCUGGCACUGGGUGCGUGGGAGAAUGCUGCCCAAUACGUCUGGAAUGACCGCCGCCAAUUCGGACAACUAAUCGGCACCUUUCAAGGCAUGCAGCACCAGCUCGCGCAAGCCUACACGGAGAUCGCCGCGGCGCGGGCACUGGUGUACAACGCGGCGCGGAAGAAGGAAGCGGGCCAGGACUUCGUGCACGACGCGGCGAUGGCCAAGCUGUAUGCAUCACAGGUGGCCGGGCGCGUGUCCAGCGCGGCCGUCGAGUGGAUGGGCGGCAUGGGCUUCGUGCGCGAGGGCAUCGCCGAGAAGAUGUUCCGCGACAGCAAGAUCGGCGCCAUCUACGAGGGGACCAGCAAUAUCCAGCUGCAGACCAUUGCGAAGUUGUUGCAGAAGCAGUAUACUCGUUAA